UAUGAACAGCAGCAUCGAUCAACUUUGGUUGUUCUUGACUGGCUGCGUUCUCUUCGUGUUCCUGGUGUCCAUCUCAUCCAGUUCCGCUUCGUUAGCGAAGCCGCGGCUCCUCAGUACUACUUCCGCACCAAGUGGAUGUAUCCCUUCUACUGCAGCGGUGACGAUACCUCUUGCGAGCUUGUCCACUUCAAGGAUCUUUACAAGAUGGAGAUGAAGUACUUCGAGAGCUUCGGAUGGGUUCUCUUCUAUGAGGCCGGCGUUAUCGCCUUCUGGUCCCAUAUGAAGGAGGGUAUUCGCAAGGUCAUCGCUGCCUACGCGGGCAUUCCUCGCAAGUACAAGUCUCAGGCUCAGUUCUUCGGUCAGCUCAUGGCCUGGGUACUCGGUCUUCUCUACUUCUCCUACCCCUUGUUCAGCUACUUCGCUCCCAUCAAGGAUUGGGCCAAGUACGAUGCUGCUAUGCCCACUCCCGUGGAGAUGUAA